CGUAAGGGAAAAGAGCCGAGGAAAGCAGGAAGUAUCAGUGAGCAGUGUGAGGUUGCUAGCGGAGCGGAAAAGACUCAAGGGUACAAUAUGCAAGUGGCAGCACCUUACCUGAUGUGUUUUAGAAAGAUUAGCAGCUCAGGCACUGCUUCAAGGCAUGAAAGGAACUGGAAGGAUAUUAGAAAUGUAGUUAGGAUUACAGGAUCAUUGUUUCUGGGGGGAUGUGUUUUUAUCACAUAUGAAAUUUUGUCUUUGAAGAAGUCUUUAUCACUUAACACUCAAGCGGCACAGCAGGAGAAACUGAAAUCCUAUAUUUAUGUAGAUACGUCUUCAAUAGAGCAAAGUGAUUUCCAGGGUAUCUCAGAUAAGGUACGACGAGAGCUUCAUAGAACAGCAAGGAGAGCAUUUGAAGCAUCAGCUAGACUCUUCAGAAGACCCCAUGACAAAGAGCAGUACAGCUUAUCCAGUAUGGAAGAUCAUGAGUGGGUCCAGUGGGUUUUAAUGAAGAACGCACAGUCGCAGGACAGAACAGUCCGUUUGAAAGCAGUUGAAGAAAUGGCUGGAAUACAUCACUGGCAUGACUACCAGUACCGCACUGUGGCACAAGCAUGUGAUAAACGAACCACCGUUGGUUUAGCCCGCAGCAAGAACACAGAUCUUAGAUUUUUCCUUCCACCACCCGCACUGCCAAAAGUUGAUGAUAAUUAUUCUAUAGAAUAUGGACUCCGUCAACUGCUUUCUUCUCUACCUCAAACAGAAUUAGACCAAUGUGUAAAAUACUUAACAUCACUUGCCCUAAGAGAGAGCAGCCAGUCAAUUGCAGAUCAAAGGAGAGGGCUCUGGUGCUUUGGAGGGAAUGGACUUCCAUAUGCUGAAAGUCUCAGCUCUGUGCCAUCGGAGAAAGUUGAGUUGUCAAGUUUACAAGCUUUGUUGAAGCAUUCUAAGAUCCCUACUCACUGUGUGAAAAUAGUGUCAGGUGGAGGACUGCAACUGCUGCAACGAAUAUAUUUGCUCCGAAAAGAUGCACAGAAAAUACAAAGGACUAUAGUGCGUAUCAUUGGUAACUUGGCCUUGCAUGAAAAUCUACAUUCUGAAAUUGUUGACUCAGGCUGGAUUCCUAUACUGGCUGAAGCAAUGAAGUCACCUUAUGUUAUUCAGUCAUCUCAUGCAGCAAGGGUCCUCGCCAACCUGGACAGGGAUAGUGUAAAUGAAAAAUACCCUGAUGGAAUAUAUGUUCUGCACCCCCAAUAUCGCAGUAGCCAGCCUAUUAGGGCUGACAUCCUCUUUAUUCAUGGCCUCCUGGGUGCAGCCUUCAAAACAUGGCGUCAGCAAGACAGAGAUGAACCUUUGGAUGAAAGUGCUGCCCUCGAAGAUGACUAUACAGAAUGCUGGCCAAAGUCAUGGCUGGCAACUGAUUCUCCUGACCUUAGAAUUCUGUCAAUUGAAUAUGACACACAGCUUAGUGACUGGAAAGCCAGAUGCCCUGCAGACAAUAACCGAAAAUCAUUGGAUUAUAGAAGCAGAAAUCUUCUUAAAAAGCUAAAAGCAGCUGGUGUUGGGGAACGGCCUAUUAUAUGGGUCUCACAUAGCAUGGGAGGCUUGCUGGUAAAAAAGAUGCUUUUGAAGGCUUCUCAAGAUGAAGACAUGAAGGAUUUGGUCAAUAACACAAAAGGCGUGGCAUUCUACAGUGUUCCUCACCAUGGAUCUCAGCUGGCAGAGUACUCUAUUAGUGCUAGACUGCUUCUUUUUCCAUCUAUAGAGGUCAAGGAGCUUAGCACGGAUUCUCCUGAACUUAAAAAAUUAAAUGAUGAAUUCCUACAAUUUUCCAAAAAUAAGGACUUCAAAAUCAUAAGUUUUGCAGAAUUGUUGCCAACACGGGUGGGCCGCAUGAUGAAACUACACAUUGUGCCAUUAGAAUCAGCAGAUUUGGGCAUCGGUAAGCUGAUUCCUGUGGAUGUAAACCAUCUGAACAUCUGCAAGCCAAAAAGCAAAGACUCCUUUAUUUACCAGUGCACUCUACAGUUUAUCCAUGACGUGCUAGCAGCUGACACUGGAAAGCAAUGACCAGUUCAUCAUUUAAGUUUUUUUUUUAAUAGCAAACUUUAUAAUAGCAAAAUGUAUUUAUCCUUUAACUUCUCCAAAAUGCUCUAGUCCCACAUAUUAUAUUUGAUUAUGUAAAUUACAAUAUAUAGUGCAAAAGUAAUUACGCAGAAUUAUAAAUUGUCAAAUAUAUGUAAAUUUCAAGAACAAAAAUAAACCUUAAAAAUAAUAUUGAAAUUUAAUAGUUUUAAAUAAACUAAUAAUCAGUUCAUUGGGGGCAGUGGAAUUUACCAUAAGUUUUUUAAUUCUUUGCUGGUCAGUGGAGUUUGUACCUGCAAAGCUUUUCUGCAUUGUUUUUUGCUUGAUACACAAUUUCCUGUAAGUUUGUUCUGAUUUCAUGGGGCCUGGCACAACUGUACCCCCUCUCCAUCCCUGAUGAUGGCCCUGGGUCAGCAGUGGGUCCAAGUUUAUAAAAAUGUGGGUCUGGGUUUCAAAAAUUAGACACAUGCAGGACUUUUUGGGUCUCUUAUUAACCACUUUUUUUUUGUACCAGGCUAAUGCCAACUGGGUGGUUUUUCCAGAAUUAUAAAUUGUCAAAUAUAUGUAAAUUUCAAGAACAAAAAUAAACCUUAAAAAUAAUA